AUGGCCAAAGCCGACUCCGCCAUGAACCGCCUCGACGAGCUGCGCCUACAGCGCGAGCUCAAGGAGAACCCCGCGAACCAUGGCUUCGACGUUAUCACCUGCCGCAAGCUCGAACCCAAGGCGGGGGAAAAGCUUGUCGCUCGCGCUAUCGUGUAUACGCAGCCGAACUUCGGCGGGUGGAAGCUGCUGAAGGAGGGUACGACUUCGUGCUACGGGGUCGUUCCUUUGUUCCAGGAGUUUUCGAAGGAACUGGAGCGCGAGAUGGCGGUUGUAUCUGGAGGUAUGAGAGCUGGAGACUUUUAUCACGGGCGGGAGGAAGGGAGUUUGAUAUGA